GUGCCAAAGGGAUCACGUGACACGAUCUCACCCGAAUCGGCCACCGUACCGACCGAGGUUAUAAAUAUCUGCGGCCAGGAAGCGGGGAGUCUUAUACUUUCUACAUUGUACCAUAGUUCGUUCGCUCCGCGCUCCCUGUUAUUACGUUCGGUGCUGUGCUGGUGUAGUAUUCGUUCGCGCGAGAUCAAAGUAGGGUGCACGGAUCGAACAGUCUACCACAGCCAAUUCCAUCAAUCAAAGAAGUCGAAUCAGUAACCAAAGUCACCGCACGUGACCAGAGCUCAGCUGAACGAGAAGACCCCAACUACCAGAAGGAAAAUGCCGGAGACCGCUCACCACAUGAACGGAUACGCGAAUGGGCACACACCGCCUGAGUUGCAACAGGACACCAGUUUUCUCUUCACCUCGGAGUCCGUCGGCGAGGGCCACCCAGACAAAAUGUGCGACCAAAUAAGUGAUGCCAUUUUGGAUGCACACUUAAAGCAAGAUCCUAAUGCAAAAGUGGCUUGUGAAACUGUAACAAAAACUGGAAUGAUACUGUUGUGUGGUGAAAUUACAUCAAAAGCUGUGGUAGAUUAUCAAAAAAUUGUACGUGACACGGUCAAACACAUUGGCUACGAUGACUCUUCGAAAGGAUUCGAUUGGCGUACGUUGAACCUUUUGGUGGCAAUCGAACAACAAUCUCCAAAUAUCGCUGAUGGUGUUCAUGUGGACAGGGAAGAGAAGGACGUGGGUGCAGGUGAUCAGGGUCUGAUGUUUGGAUACGCGACAGACGAAACAGAUGAAUGUAUGCCAUUGACUGUAGUGUUGGCGCACAAGUUAAAUCAAAAGAUUGCAGAACUGAGGCGAAGUGGCGAAUUGUGGUGGGCAAGGCCUGAUUCAAAAACACAGGUUACUUGCGAAUAUGUCAUGGAUCAUGGUGCUUGUGUACCCAUCAGAGUUCACACAGUCGUCGUAUCCCUGCAACACAGUGAAAAAAUUGGUUUGGAGGAACUACGUAAAGCAGUUAUGGAAAAAGUUAUUAAAGAAGUAAUUCCAGCUAGGUACUUGGACGACAGAACAGUGUUCCAUGUUAAUCCUUGUGGAUUAUUCAUUAUUGGAGGACCACAGAGUGAUGCUGGUCUUACUGGACGUAAAAUAAUAGUAGACACUUACGGCGGUUGGGGAGCUCAUGGAGGUGGUGCAUUUUCUGGAAAAGAUUUUACAAAAGUUGAUAGAUCUGCUGCUUACGCAGCAAGAUGGGUGGCUAAGUCUUUGGUGAAAGCUGGUUUAUGCAGACGCUGCCUUGUACAGGUUUCAUACGCCAUUGGAGUUGCAGAACCACUUUCAAUCACAGUCUUCGACUAUGGUACAUCUAAACUAUCUCAAAAUGAACUUUUAGAUAUUGUUAAUAAAAAUUUCGAUUUACGGCCAGGAAAAAUUGUCAAAGAACUGAAUCUCCGUAAUCCAAUAUAUCAACAAACCAGCACAUAUGGGCAUUUUGGGCGGGAGGGCUUCACUUGGGAGCAGCCAAAGACACUAAUUCUCGAUUGAUGAGAGCAUAAAUUUUAAAUCAGUCCACUGUUCCUUGAGGAACGUGUAAUUUGCUCUCAAUUAAUCGUGUAUAUCUCGUAAAACAUUAUCCGAGAUUUUCCGACCUCCGCGCUACAUUUGCAAAGUCCAUCAAUUCCUUUUGCCAACUUAGCAAACUAGCAGGAAAAGUGACCACUAGUUUAUCCACACCAUGAGGUACGUUGUAUUAUGUGGUACAGUACAAAUUUCGUUGAUCCAGCAUACCAGCCGAGGAGAGUCAUUUUUCCGUUACUCCUUCGACAAAAGAGUCAGUUAAACAACUACCAACCUCUAAGGUAUUAAAACUUUAUCGACAAAGGGAAAGAUGAACUAAAGCCUGAGUCUGUUGGCUCACUAUGGCUACAAGUGGUGUGUGUUGGAAGUAAAUUUACGAAAAGAACAAUAAAUACAACGAAAGACGUUGAAGCAUUUGAAAAAUGUAUAAAUUGGUACCAUCUUGAGAUGAAAAAGUUCUCUCAGAUUUUUAGCGGUAUUAGUACUUUGCGAAUGUACGUGAAAGACCAGUUUGCUUUCAGUCAGUGUUACGUUUACCUUUCCCAGCAGUUUAAGUGUAACCAUGGGCUUUCAUGUACGUUUCGCUUUCACUAGAAUUAUUAAUCGUUCGAGUGCAAA